AUGUGAAUCUGUUUAUUUUUGAUCAAUCGGGUGCAGUUUUGAGGCAAAAGUCGAAAGCGCUAUAAAUUACAGUGCUAUACAACGUUGCCAGACUUAUAUAUUUUCCGUCAACCAGUCACAAAUGUCAUUUGUCAUUACGCACGUGUUGACCUCUAGACCCGCCAUUUUCGUCGGCCAUCAUCAAACAAAUUCAAUUUUCCACGUUCUUUUACGAUCGUCACUUCGCAGCGUUAAGUGCCGCCGCCGGUCUUUAUCAAAUCAUCACAAGUCCAAACCUUAACAAAAUCGAUCCAGAAAUGGCGGACGAAUACUUUUUUGCCAUGAGCCUCGAAGGUAAUAACCUUACCCAAGCGUGGGACCCGGAAGCCAAAGGGGCAAGCACUGACGAUUACCAAGGCGGCCAUAAGCUGAUAAUAAAACAGAUCGUUUUGGGUGAGGAUGCCGUCGAAGGUGAGGUGAACGUGGUUCAAGUGGAGGCGAUGUCUUUGAAAGAGUCCAGCAAAGUUCCUAUUGCUGUUUUGCAAACCGGUGGAUGCAGGCAGCAAAUUUCCGUGGAUCUGUCUUUCCCUGAUCCUCCAGUCACCUUUUCGUUGCUGAAAGGGAAGGGACCCGUUCAUCUGAUAGGACACCACUUGAUAGGCGGACCUAUUGAAGAAUUCGACGAGCUAGAUGAAAUGGAGGAAGAAAUGGUGGAUGACGAGGAGGGCGAAGAAGGAGCUGAAGAUGAAGAUGACGAAGAACCUAAAUUGAAAAAGGCGAAAAACAACUCCAACAACAGUCCCAAGGGUAAAUCGCCAGCCAAAAAUAAUUCCUCCAAGCCCAAAAAAUAAGCAUAUUUUCUCUUUCUAGAAUAGCUUUAAGUUUAUUUUUUUAUUUUGAUGAUCAUGAAAAAUAAUUGAAUCGAUUUAACUCAUUCUUUUCUGUAUUUUUUUCAAGAAACUCCUUUAAUUUGUAUUUUAGAAUGUAUUUAGUUUUCAUUCCACGAUAUUUGUAAGUUUGUACCUAGUGGAUGAUAUUGGUGUGUUUGGGUGGUUUUAAACAAACCAAUCAUAAUGAACUUAAGUUUUUAUUUAAUGUGGUUGCCCCUUAAUAAUUGGGCUGUAAGAUCAAUUGUAAAUAUAUAAUGUGUCUCAAUAAAGUCGGUUUUUGUCAAAGGUAUAUAUAUAUUUUUUUUAUUUCAGGAAAUCCUAUUCACAAUUUGUAGUCCAAAGGUACAGGUAAAUUUAUCACCUUUCCUUUACAAAUUGCAUUGAAAGGUAAUAAAUUUUACCUGUAACUUGGACUACAGAUUGUGAAUAGAUAGAUACAUCAGAAACGUUGUAUGCCUUCCUUUUGUUGUCUGAAUAAAGAGCUAUUUAUGCAAAAAGUUUAUGAAAUCACAGUACAGUGAACCUUUAAAUUGUCUAAUAAAUUCAAACUUCUUUAUUGAUAUUUUUUAAUAAAUAUCAAAAAUUCUCUAUAAUACCUAUGUUUUGAAUUGGGAUAUAAACAGGGUGUUCAAGGGCACAAAAAAAUCGAA